AAAUGCAUUGGUCUGUAUGUGCCGACCCUCUACUCCAACCCAUUCGCCACAUGUAUUGAAUGCCUUGAAUGUCACGGACUGUUUGCCCCCCAAAAGUUUGUCUGUCAUUCCCAUCACUCCCGAGAGAACCGGACCUGUCAUUGGGGUUUCGACUCAAGCAAUUGGAGGGCUUAUCUCCUUCUCGCUAAAGACAAACAGGCCAUCAGUUCCACUCCAGAGGCCGUCGAUAGUGAUAUCGAGCGACACCUCAGCGAAAUGAAAGCCCGCUUUGAUUUCAAGAGAAAAAAUUCGGUCACGAGAGAUAAGAGCGAAGUUUGCGAUCAAACGAAACGAUUGAAAUGUGAGGACUCAUUGGGAACGCCGAGUCUCUAUCCUUAUCCCCCAUAUUUAUUCUCGCCGUACGGAUGGGUCGACCCCUCGCUACUCAUGUAUUGGUGUCCGACAUUGGCGUCGGGUCUGUCUGUUUCCGGUGCUAACAACGCUAAUAACGCUAACAAUUCUGGUUUCGCCACUCUUUUCAAACCAUUGGAAAAGUUAUUUGAAGAAAACAAUUUGAAUGAAGAAUUGAGAGUUAAAAUUGUAAAUGAAGUACAAAACAUCAUAACCAUUAUCAACAAAUUGCCAUAUAAGUGAUCAUCAAUACACCGCUCGAUCACAUCACCCGUUCAAUGCUCACCCAAAGGUCUCAUGCAUUUCAAGUCACACACCAUUUAUGAUAUCAAUGUAUUCAUAGCCGUUAUAUUCUCGAGUUAUAAUUGUUUUCACACUCUCUCACACCUCCCAAACCCACCUCAACCCCACUCUACCGCCCACUCCAUAACCCUUAUCUAAUUGACCACACAUUCUCAUUAUAGAGCAAAUGUGUGACAUUUUAAUCCAUUUUAACAAUAAAAGUAUAGAAAAGCGAUUCAAUUGUCGAUCACUUCUAACAAAUGUUUUAAAGUCCAAAAUCUAAACAAUUAUCGCUUUAAUUACAUAUUAAUGAUUAAUUCUAUUGAUUGAGACAUUUUUAUAAAUACUAUUAUAAUCGUUGAUAACAUUCUUUCCUCACAUUUAUCUCAUUUUCACAAUUUCUCAUAACUAAUAACUUUUGACAAAUUUUAAUAUAUUUUACAUGUAAUGAAAUUUGCAUAAAAUGUGUUCAAAACAUAGCAAUUAUUAAACUCGAGAUAUAAUAGCCUUUUGUGCCGAUCCGUCGACCCCUUCCCCACUCAUAACUGUUCAAAAGAUUGCAUGGAAUCUAAAGUGACAAAAAACGGACACUUUUUUGUAUUUAUAUAUAAAUAUAUAUAUAUAAUAGUUAUAUAUAUAUUAUAUUAAAUUUAAAAAUUCAUUGAUUGUAUACUUGAUUAAUACACAAAACUUAUGAUAAAGAGCGCAAUGGAUAACCACUGGCACUGGACUACGUAUUGUCCAGUAAUGUGUCUGUGAAUAAGUGUGUGAAUAGAGGAGCACCUGUAGUGAGAGCACAUGGACACAAAGUGAGGGCCGGUUGUGAGCAUACAUUGCGCUCUUUAUGAUAAGUUGCAUCGUUUUGUUGCAUAUCUUGUAAAUGAUAUCCGCAUUGUUUCUAAUAUAUUGUUAAUUCAAUUAAAAACAUUUUCAAAUAAAAUUCAAUUUUUAAAAUCGAUGACAA